GGCACAAAGCCGCGAUGCGCGUAGGCGCCGGAGGACCGACGCGUCCAGAGUCCAAGACGCGCAUCGAACUCCGCCGCAUGGGCCUCGGUGUCGGUACGGGUACCUGCUCGCCACCGCAAGGAGUCCUUCCACCACUGUCCGCGGUGCAAGGGCACUCUCGUCACUGAAACUCAUCUGGGGUCGAGGAGCUGACGGGCUCUCGAGUCGCCAUUCGAGGGUGGUACUCCGGAGAGAAGAAUACAGGUCCUCGAGGUUCCCGAUAGUCCAGUAUUCGAUCUCCCGAGGACAAAUGGCCGUUGGCCUUCUUGACUCGUGUCUCUGGGCUUGUCUCCUGGGUCUUCUGUGGCGUGUAUCAUGUGUGCUGUUGACGCGGAAGCCAACGUCUCGGCCUACGAGGCGUCGUUCAGAGCAUUGCCGUCUUGCAGUGUUCCUUGGAUCUGGCGGCCAUACCAGCGAAGCUUUGAUGCUGCUGUCGGCCCUUGACUUCAACCGCUACUCGCCUCGAACUUACAUCACUAGUGAAGGUGACGCCCUCAGCGCCAGGAAAGCCGCCGCCUUGGAACUUAGCAGAGCUGCGGAUCUUGGAAAUCACGUCGACAGAGUACGUGAACGUUACACCAUCUUGACCAUCCCGCGGGCUCGGCGAGUGCAUCAGCCGCUCUAUACGACCCCCGUCACCGCCGCACGCUCUCUGCUGGCGUGCAUUUAUCAUGUCACUGUGAUACCUUUCGUAACGCGCACCUACUUCGCGGAUGUUCUCAUCCUGAAUGGCCCCGGCACAUGCUUCGUCCUGUGCUUGGCAGUAUUUCUGAACCGAAUCCUCGGUCUCGAGUCACCGCGGCUAGUCUACGUCGAGUCUUUCGCACGAGUGCACUCGCUGUCUCUUUCUGGGAAGCUAUUGAGACCCUUCGUUGACAGGUUCAUUGUCCAGUGGCCCGGAUUGCUGAGAGAUAAUCGAAGAGGCGACCACCUCGGGUGGCUCGUCUGAACCAUCCUUCUCUAUCCUCGGCAGAGAAUGCGUUCAGACCGCGGAUAUCAACCUUCUAUGCCCUCGCGAUAACCGCGAUUGCGUAUCGGCGUGCCACCUAAUGCCCACUCAUUCCCGAGUGGACCGGGAGGCAGUGCUAGGAUAUCCGAACAUUUUCCACGUCGCUGUCAAUGGCGCGAUAUCGAACAUCAAUCCUCGAAGUCGAAGGUGUACGUGCCAGCAUACAAAUGGCCGCUUGGACACAUUGCUUAUUUGCAUCGCGCUGGCCGUGCCUUAAAUUUACGUGGCUUACGCUGUAAUGAGUCGGUCGUUGACGCACAAUAACCUCACAUCUGAACCUGAAAU